UGUGCUUUAGUCGAAGAAAAAAGGACUGAGUGUAGAAGAAAAGAGAGCCCGCAUGAUGGAAAUUUUUUUUGAGACGAAAGAUGUAUUUCAAUUAAAAGACAUGGAGAAGAUUGCUCCUAAAGAGAAAGGCAUUACUGCUAUGUCAGUGAAAGACGUUCUUCAAAGCUUAGUUGAUGAUGGUAUGGUUGACUGUGAGAGGAUUGGAACCUCUAAUUAUUAUUGGGCUUUUCCCAGUAAAGCCCUUCAUGCAAGGAAACGUAAGUUGGAGGCUCUGGAGUCUCAGUUAUCUGAGGGAAACCAGAAGCAAGCAAACCUACAGAAAAGCAUUGAGAAAGCUAAAAUUGGCCGACAUGAAACGGAAGAGCGAACCAAGCUAACAAAAGAGCUUUCUUCACUUCGAGAACAAAGGGAACAGCUAAAGGCAGAAGUAGAAAAGUACAGAGAAUGUGAUCCUCAAGUUGUGGAAGAAAUACGUCAAGCAAAUAAAGUAGCCAAAGACGCUGCUAACAGAUGGACUGAUAACAUAUUUGCAGUAAAAUCUUGGGCCAAAAGAAAAUUUGGACUUGAAGAAAAUAAAAUUGAUAAAAAUUUUGGAAUUCCAGAAGACUUUGACUACAUAGACUAAAAUGUCUGAUGUUGGUAAAGGAUCUAUAUGCUUGUGAAUAUGUAAAUUAUUUAUGUUAUCCAACCAAGUGUACAGAAUUGUCAUUUACCGGUAAUUGUGAUGAUCAUUCUGUUAAUUUUAAAUAAAGUAUAAGGUGUAGAUGUUUUUCAUACUCGUUGUUUGAUGGAAAGCAGGAUGGCAGCCAUAUCCCCAUGGUGCUCAUCAAAGUAGGCCAGCUCCCUAAGUUAGGUUUACAGAGAAUUUUUUUGAGGUCAGAAGCCAUUAUGACUUGAUAACAUUUAUAGUUCCGUUCAAUUAUUA